AUGGAAAAAUUGUAUGCACUGUUUUAUAACCACUUGAAGAACAUUGAGGAAAGUGAAGGUGGCCUUGGUAAAUUUACAGAAAGUUACAAAACCUUUGGAGUUAACCAACUUGCAGAUGGUGGAAUAUACUGCAAAGAGUGGGCACCAGGAGCAGAAGCAGUGUUUCUUGCAGGUGACUUCAAUGGCUGGAAUCCGUUUUCUCAUCCAUAUAAGAAGUUGGAAUAUGGGAAGUGGGAGUUGUUCAUUCCACCUGAAGAUGGCCAUUCUCCUGUGCCCCAUGGAUCAAAGCUAAAGGUGGUGAUUCGUGCUCAAAACGGCGCCCUCCUCUAUCGUAUUUCACCCUGGGCAAGAUAUGUGGUCCGUGAUGAAGACAAAGUGAAUUACGAUUGGGUUCACUGGAAUCCACCACAGUCAUAUAUACAUAAGAAUCCUUCUCCCAAGAGAUUAAAAAGCCUAAGAAUCUAUGAAUCUCAUGUGGGCAUUGCUUCCCCAGAAGGAAAAGUAGCUUCUUACAAAAACUUCACAUACAAUGUACUACCUAGAAUAAAGGACCUUGGCUAUAACUGUGUCCAGCUGAUGGCUAUUAUGGAGCAUGCAUACUAUGCCAGUUUUGGUUAUCAGGUCACAAGUUUCUUUGCAGCAUCAAGCCGGUACGGAACUCCUGAUGACCUGAAGGAAAUGAUCGAUGUUGCUCACUCAAUGGGCAUCACAGUCCUGCUUGAUGUGGUGCACAGCCACGCCUCAAAAAACUCAGAAGAUGGUCUCAACCAGUUUGAUGGUACAGAUUCUUGUUUCUUCCAUUCUGGAUAUAGAGGCAAUCACCAGCUCUGGGACAGCAGGCUCUUUGAUUAUGCAAACUGGGAAGUCCUGAGAUUCCUUCUGUCUAAUCUGAGGAUGUGGAUUGAAGACUAUCGCUUCGAUGGGUUCCGGUUUGACGGUGUUACGUCUAUGUUGUAUCACCACCACGGCAUUGGCACAGGGUUCAGUGGAGAUUACAAUGAGUAUUUUGGCCUACAUGUGGAUGAGGAUGCUUUGUGUUACCUGAUGCUGGCCAAUCACAUGAUUAAAACCUUGCACCCAGAAUGCAUAACCAUAGCAGAGGAUGUUUCUGGAAUGCCAGCUCUCUGUCGGCCUGUCGCAGAGGGAGGAGGGGGUUUUGAUUAUCGACUUGCCAUGGCCAUUCCAGAUAAGUGGAUACAGAUAAUUAAGGAGCUGAAAGAUGAAGACUGGAAUAUGGGCAAUAUUGUGCAUACAUUAACAAACAGACGGUAUGAAGAAAAAUACAUUGCUUAUGCAGAGAGUCACGACCAGGCGCUGGUUGGUGAUAAGACGCUGGCCUUUCGCCUGAUGGAUGCGGAGAUGUACACAAACAUGAGUGUGCUCAUGCCUCUGACGCCAGUUAUUGAUCGUGGGAUACAGCUUCAUAAAAUGAUUCGUCUCAUUACUCAUGCACUCGGAGGAGAGAGCUAUCUGAACUUCAUGGGUAAUGAAUUUGGACACCCAGAAUGGCUUGACUUCCCCAGAAUAGGGAAUAAUGAGAGCUACCACUAUGCCAGAAGACAGUUUAAUCUUACUGAGGAUGAUCUUCUUCGCUAUAAAUUCCUAAAUGCCUUUGAUAGAGAUAUGAAUAAAUUGGAGGAAAGAUUUGGCUGGCUUGCAUCUCCCCCGGCCUAUGUGAGUGAAAAGCAUGAAUCCAAUAAGGUCAUAGCAUUUGAAAGAGCAGGUCUUAUUUUUAUUUUUAAUUUCCAUCCAUACCAAAGUUAUGUGGACUACAGAGUGGGUAUUGAAACUCCGGGAAAGUAUAAAAUCCUUCUGGAUUCUGAUGCUGGAGAAUAUGGAGGGCAUCAAAGGCUGGACCACAAUACAGAGUACUUCUCUGAAGAAUAUCCUCACAAUUAUCGACCUAAUUCAAUUAUGAACACCUCCAGCCAGCCCCCCAGAAGAUGUCACAUGCACCAAGUAAAGGUGUACAUUCCAAGCAGAGUGGCUCUUGUGCUUCACAACACAGACAUCCCAAAGUGAAGUUCUAUGUACCUACCACUGAAGAAGCAAGUCACGAAGUGCUGAUACACUGUACUAGUACUAAGUAUAACAAAACUUGCUCUAAGGAGGCUUUCUGAGGCUGAGUAUAGUAAUAUUAGGUGUUUAAAAUGUAAGAUUAAUAUUCACAUGUAAUUGCAGAGCUCUUGACUUGCUAGAACCUCUUUUGAGGAAGCUUUACAAAGAGGCAGAAAGGAAAACGUUGGGUUUGUAGUUCUCGUAGUACAAAAUUACACUUAAGGUGUUGCAAAGCAGCAGGUAUUCUCAAUUAAAUUGUUGUUUACAGAAUUUUAUCAGGAAUGAUAAGAGUGAUCCUGCUCCAAAGUUUGUAAUUUCCUAUAAUCCUCAUUUUGAUAGUGAAUUAAAAUAUUCAUUAUGUAUUAAUGCUUCUUACUAAAAGUAAGUAGUUUGCUUAAAUAAAACAGAAGUUUUUGGCUAAAAGGCAGCCUUAACGGUUUGUGGGACCUAAUUUGAGGCUCCUCUUCUUCAAUGAAGUCUAACAUGGAAUUAGAAAUGUUUAUUCAAAAGGAUGAGAAGGUCCUCUGAGAGUCUUGUCCUUUGGCAUUUUUUAUUUAAUUACAAAUGCACAUUUUUUAUUUAAUACAAAUGCUCGGCAGCAAAACGAGCAGGCUGAUGGAGUGGGGGCCUGCUGAUGCUAUUGUGUGUGCUGGCUAUCUGCUCCCACCCAAAUCACUUCGUCUGAGCGUCUCACUUGCUACAGCUGGACAAAAAUGACACAACUCUCUUAUUUAGAUCACUAAAAUGUUCAGUCAGAAGGGUCUUCCUGCAACAAUACCACACUGGAAGAGGUACUUAAAGUGUAGUUCUUCCCUCUGUAUUUAUUUCACUAACAUCAGGACCUCACAAUACUGAUUUCACUACUUCCAGAAGCUGCCUUUCAGCUCGGAACACAAUGAUGUUCUUGCACUUUUAUAACUUUUGAAACAUUGCUUCUUGUGAAGAAGCAGUCUCAAAAUUCAGUGAUCAAACUAAGGUGUUUUUUUUAUUAAAAUUAAGAUAGAUAAUCAUUGGAGUGCUGCUAAGAUAAUUCAAGUGAGUUCCUUCACGAGCUACAACUAUUUUGUAAAGAGUAAGAUUUUGUAUAUUUGAAAAUGUAUUGCAGAGUAUUCUGGAAAAUUAAUACCAAAUUAACGAGACAUGCUUUAUUUUGUUCCAUUUAUUUAAAAACAUAUUUGAAUUGGUUCUGAAAUGAAUGUCUUUUGUACCAAUCUGAAUUUUCUAACUUUUAAAAUAGCCAAAGAGGAAGAUGUCCGUGACCAUUUCCAAGUCAUAAUUUUACCCAGUUUCCUUUGUGAACCAUUGUGUAAACUACUGAAUAGCUGGUGCCAACACUGACAAUCUAUUCACAGUUCUUGGAAUGCUUACUUGUGGCUUACUUCCUAAGCAAAAUAAGGGAUGGAAUAAUGCAGCAUGAUGGAAAACAGUCUUUUGCAGAGUUCUCACUGGAAGGACUUUGUGGACAUCCCCAGUCUGAUAUGUUCUGUGUGGCAGAGAAUGUUGUAUUGCAGUUGGCUACAUUAGGAUCAUGCUUCAUUUUCCUCUACACCAGUUUGAUCAUUGUUUGGUUGUGAGCUAAUAAAAGCAUUCCUGUUACGCUAUGACUUUAAAUAAAAUAUACUGAACUGUUUUAGCAACUGGAACUGAUUAUCUUUUUUUUUUUUCCCCAGAUUGUUUUCCUUGUAGUGAAAUAAUGAGCAACUUCUAAUACAUGUCAUAUUUACACUGUAUUGAUCUAAUACAUUUUAUAGGGUGGUUUGUUUUUUAGGGUUUUUUUUGUUGUUUGUUUGUUUUUUUGUUUGUUUUUCUUUGUGUUUUUUGUUUCGGUUUUUGUUUGUGUUGUUGUUGUUUUACUGGCACCAGUUCCAGAUUUCAAAAUGUAAUGGCAAGCAUCUGUGUCAAACCUUUUUUCAAGAGAAGGAAUAAAUGUAUGAUGUGAAGUAUAAACUGUAAAAUCACAUGCAAAAUAAACUCUAAGGAGGAGAAAAAAAA